AUGAACACGGCCUUGGCGACUCGUAACAACAUCAGUAAUUUGCUUGGCAUGACCAUUGCGGGAGAAAACAGUUUGUACUUAGGCUUGCCAAGUACUAUGUCUAGAAACAAGUUGGCAGUGUUGGGAUUUCUAAAGGAAAGAGUUCAAAAACGUAUUCAAGGGUGGGAAUCAAAGUUUCUACGUCGAGCGGGGAAGGAAGUUCUCAUCAAGACAGUCGCUCAAUCCCUCCCAAUUUAUGCGAUGAGUGUGUUUUUACUUCCUUUAGACAUUACUCAUGAUAUGGAGAGGCUAAUGUCUAAGUUUUGGUGGCAAUCCUUUGGUAAUACUUGGAAAGGAAUUCACUGGGAAUCUUGGAGUCAACUUUUUGUUCAUAAAGCGAAGGGUGGAAUGGGUUUUCGUCAUCUUCGGGAUUUUAAUUUGUCUUUAUUAGGAAAACAAGGAUGGCGCUUGAUUUCUCGACCCGACUCUUUGGUGGCAAAAGUGUUGAAGGCAAGGUACUUUCCCAAUGGUUCUUACCUCAAUUCUUCACUAGGAAACAAUUCUAGUUUUGUGUGGUGCAGUGUUUGGGAAGCACAACAACUGGUUUGUAAGGGCGUUCGUUGGUGUGUGGAGAAUGGUCGUGAUAUCAAAGUUGCUCAUGACCCGUGGGUGCCUUGUAAUGAUAACCCUUUUAUCAUUUCCUCCCACCCAAAUCUGUUGAACGCUAUUGUACACAAUCUGAUGAGAAUGGAUGGUGAGGGUUGGGAUGUGGAGCUUUUGGAGGAUAUGUUUGAAGCCAGGGAUAUAGAGCUGAUCAGAAGCAUACCUUAG